AUGGCCAAUGAACAUGUAUUUGUUAACUCGACGAAGCAACGACGAGGACGUUAUGCAACUAACGCAUGCACUAAUUGCCACAAAAAUCGAGGACCGAAAGCGGCAAAUAAAUCAGCUAACGUUUUUGAAAAUAACUUUAAUGAAGCUACAAAUUUUGAACAAAAACACACAAUGCCCUUGACUGAAUUUCAAUUUGGUGCAUCCGUUCCUUUCUACUUUAACUAUAAUUAUAAUGAAGGAUUUCAACAAAUCCAAAAUGAUUUUUUCCCAUAUAUUGAUACAAAUUACAUUAUUCUAAAUGAUAAUACACCUGCUAACCUUAGUAACACAUUUUCUUUACCUAGUAAUUUGCCCCCUUCCUCUUUUUCUCUUACUUCUCAUUUAGAUUAUUUAUUUGAAUAA